AUGGCGCCCACCGACUUUACAAAAAGCUUCCAUACCCAGCUCUUUAUCAACAACAAGUAUGUUCCAGCCAAAUCUGCAUCACGCUUAACUGUCCGCAAUCCAUACGACGGCUCGAUCGUGACCGACGACAUCCAUUGCGCAGGCGAGGAGGAUGUCAACGAUGCCGUGGCCGCCGCUCUCAACGCAUCCCGUGGUCCCUGGAGCCAGAUGCCCGGCCAGGAAAGAGCCAAGCGCAUGCUCGCCCUGGCAGAUCUACUUGAUGCACACGCCGACGAAUUGACAAAGCUCGAAAGUCUCUCCAUCGGACUUCCAAUUGCGAUUUCUCGGGGGAUUGGGGGCGUGAUCGGGGCCGUCUGGCGGUAUUAUGCUGGAUUUUGCGACAAACUACCCGGUGACUUUGUCCCAGAAGGCGACGACCGCGUCUUCAAGGUCGUCCGGUACGACCCGUUCGGUGUCUGCGCGGGUAUUGGCGCCUGGAAUGCGAGCUUGUUCUUCUUUAGUAUGAAAAUAGCCCCCGCCGUCGCAGCCGGCAACAGCUUCAUCUUCAAGUCCUCCGAAAAGUCCCCUCUCGGUGCGCUUCAAAUCGGCGAGCUCAUUGCCAAAGCGGGUUUUCCGCCGGGCGUCAUCAACCUGCUCAACGGUGAUGGCUCUACCGGGGCUCUGUUGGCGUCGCAUAUGGGAAUUCAGCGAAUCAGCUUCACAGGCUCCGUCGAGACUGGAAAGGCCAUCCAGGCCGCCGCAGCGCAAAGCAAUCUGAAGAGAGUGACCCUUGAGUUGGGGGGCAAAUCCCCCUCCCUCAUUUUCGAUGACGCGAAUAUAGAAGAGGCCCUCAUGUACGCCUCGCAAGGCUUCCUGGUCCACUCGGGUCAGAUAUGCGUUGCUGCUUCCCGGCUCCUAGUACACAAAUCCAUCGCCGACCGAUUCGUUGCGGAAUUAAAAGCCCGUUUUGAGGCACUCGCCAGUGCGUCUGGAGACCCCGCGCAGGACACCACUUUCCUCGGUCCCGUGGUCGACGAAGGUCAGAGAGACCGAAUUAUGUCUUUCCUGAACGGAACGAAGAAAGCAAAGGAGGAUGUCGUCCUGACCGGAGGCGCAUCAAAAGGCAACUUUGUCUCGCCAACUAUCUUGGUGAAUCCACCUCUCGACUCUCCAGCGUGGACGCAAGAGAUCUUCGGGCCGGUAGUAUGUGUUCGGACCUUCGAGACUGAAGAUGAAGCUGUCGAGAUCGCCAAUGCUACCACGUACGGUCUCUCGUCCUGCAUUUACACGAAAGAUAUUCCACGGGCCCUGCGUCUCGCCAAGAGGCUGCAGGCUGCAGGAGUGGCAAUCAACUCCAACCAUCAGCCAGACUAUGAUACGCCCCUAUCCGGAUGGAAACAGAGCGGUAACGGUAGUUAUGAAGGAGGUCGGGCGGCGAUUCUGAGCUACUUACAAGCCAAGACAGUCAUGAUUAAUAUGACUGCGAAGCUGUAG